UUAUCUCUCGCAAUUGUCCACAGUAGAGAAGCUGGAGCACAGUUUCCUCAAAGUUCUCUAGGGAGACAUGCUGCCAUAGUUUCUCAGAGGCAGUGCUUGCCUUUCUUGUAAGCUUGCCAUGCCGUUGCAUAAUGUUCCUCCCUCCCUCCCUCCCUCCCUCGAUCUUGUUUUUCUGUGCCAUAAGUGCAAAUGGAUCCUGCAUCACAUUCUUCAUGACUUUCUACAUGCUGGCUACUGGCUAGAUCAGGGGUCCCCAGCUUGCCCUAAAUCUGAAACAACUUGAAGGCAAGCAACAACAAAAAUCCUAAUGAACUUGACUAUCUCAUCAGCCAAAAGCUGGCCCAUACUUGGGCGGGAAGUUUAUGUUGGUUAAAAUGGUUCUUUGUUGUAAAUAUUGUAAGUCUUUCAUGGUUUUUUGCACUACAAAUAAGAUAUGUGCAGCGUGCGUAGGUGCAAUUUGUUCAUUUUUUUAAAACUAUAGUCAUUGUCCCCCACCCCCUCCCAACAGUCUGAGGGACCAUGAACUGGCCCUCUGCUUUUUUUAUCAUGUCAGAAGCAACUUGAGAAUAUACUGCAAGUCACUAAUGGUGUGAGAGAAUUGACCGUCUGCAAGGAUGCUUCCCAGAGAAUGCCCGGAUGUGUUACCAAUCCUGUGGGAGGCCUCUCGCAUGUCCCCGCAUUGGAAGCUGGGGCUGACAGAUGGAAGCUCACCCCACUCCCCAAGUUUUAACCGCCGACCUUCAGAUCUUCAGUCAAGGGACUGUAAAGUUGUUGGUGAUCCUGAAGGUGCAGCUCGCCACGCCAAGACAGCCAGAUGGCUGAAUAUCUUUGCUCUGAUACUAAGCCUCAUUUUCAUAGUCGUCUUCGUCAUCAUAAUUUACACCAGUUCAGCUGCUAUAAUGGAAGAGUUGCAAAAGCGCCAGAAAGGGCAGUAAUCGCAAAGAGAUAAAAAUCUUGCACCCAGAAUCAUCUCCCUGGCAUCAUACCCAUGCUUCGCAGAGAGAACCGUGUCUUCUGCAUGCAAACCAGCUAGCAGUACUUGCAAGCUAGAAAUGGCAGAAGUAUACUCUUAUCUAGAGCUCUGUAGCCGCUAUUUGCCUUAUCAAUACUGACAGGAAAUUUGAAUCAUGCCCUGUUUGUAUGAAUUAUGCCCUUUCUGUCCCACAAUCUGGGUUUAUGGCCUUGCCAGUGCCUGUUGACUGUGUUCUAUCUUGUUUUCAGUGUUUUGAUAAGCCUUUUAUUCAAUAUAUUAGGUUUUUUUCUAUACAGAUAUGAAGUGUGUGGCAAAAUCUAACCAAAUAAAUGCAUAUUCUUUUAA